AUCAGUGUAUCGCGUUCAUUCGUUGACAUCGGACGCGUUUGCACUGUUCGCAGAAAUUAUUUUAAUUUCGUGCCGAGCGCGGCGUCAGCCGCCGCUAAAUCGAUACCAUGCGUUCGGAAGAACUCGUGGCGAACGAGGUCCUGGCGUUCCUGCAGUACCAGCUGGACGUCAUGGAUGAGGUCAGUGUGACGCAGAUUUGCACCUCAAACUUCACCGAGGAGGAGAUACGCAGCGCAAAGAAGCUGUUGUACGAUUCGCUGCAAAUGGCAGACCGAAUGCCGACCCGCAGGCGAGAUGAAAAGGGAGAGAGGAGUCUCCAAGACACUAUAAGGCUGUUGAAGGAGACCGACCCGGACGACGUGCCAACGUUCGUGGCAAAGGAGUUGCGGAAGCUGCCCCCGGUCACUUUCGAUCACGUCGACGUCACCAGGCUGUUAAAGGACAUCACGAGUAUGAGGUCCAGCCUGGUCGAGCUGCAAUUGAAGCUGGAGGCAUCACAAUCCACCAUCUGUGAUCUACGUAGCGAGGUAGCAGAAUUGCGAAACUCUGUAUGUAGGUCACACGCGCAUGCCAACAGCGACAACACACGCCACGGACAGGUCAACGCAUCGCCGCAGCGCGCCGAGUCAGCAAAAUUGCCCUCGUCGCCUGCCGUCGCCACUACCAGUGAUGCGUCACCGUGCCCCGCCCUCCCCGCGUCCCCUGCCUUCGGGACGCCGACGAAUGUAAGCACGUCUAGGCUUGGACGUAUUUACUCGGAUGCCGUAAAGCGAGAUCCCGUCCAACGGCCACCUAAAGCUACUGUGGCGAUACAAAAUCAGCCCGAAGGAACCCGAGGUACGGUACAAUCUGUACCAUGUAAAGGGAAAGCGGAUGCAGAUGGUUUCGUCAAGGUGGAAAGAAGGAAGAAGAAGCCAUCUAGCCGAAAUCAAUGCGGAACUGCGUUGACUGGUCCGAACAUGCUGCUGCGCCCCGCAAUACCGACGACGCAGCUGUAUGUUUCGCGUUUACAUCACUCCACGAAGGUCGAGGAGAUCGUGGAGUAUAUACGAGUCAAGACGAACUGGACCUUAAGAGUCGAGAGGUUGGAGCCCAGACACAACACAAAUUUCAAAUCGUUUGUGGUACGUGUGCCGACUCAGCAUCUCGACAUGUUCCAAGAAGCGUUUUGGCCGAAAGGUGUCGUUUUCCGGCGGUUCCGCGGGAGGCUACGCGACACCACGCAGUGCAACACGACACCGCCUAUUCGUGUUAACAAAUAGAAAUUGUUUUGCUGAUUAUUGUUAUUUUAUAUGUAUUAGUUUAUAAGUAUUGCAAUAUUAAAUUAUGUAUGUAUUGUA